UUCCCAUACCACAUAAAAAUUGCCCACAACAGUGGCAGAGGCACGCAACUAGAGCAGUGGGUGGAGAUGGAGACUAAAAUACCAUGUCGGCAGCUCUUCAUCGACGGCAAAUGGGUUGAACCCAUCACGAAGAGGCGCAUCCCCGUCAUCAAUCCCGCCACUGAGCAGACCAUCGGCCUUAUUCCGGCGGCCACUGGUGAAGAUGUGGAGCUUGCUGUGGAUGCUGCCCGAAGAGCCUUUGCCAGGAAUAAGGGGGCAGAUUGGGCUAAGGCGCCUGGUGCUGUUCGUGCUAAGUAUUUGCGUGCCAUUGCUGCCAAGAUAACAGAGAGAAAGACUGAAUUGGCCAAACUCGAGGCACUUGAUUGUGGAAAACCCCUGGAUGAAGCAGCAUGGGAUAUUGAUGACGUUGCUUCUUGUUUUGAGUACUUUGCAGACCACGCUGAAGCUUUAGAUGCACAGCAAAAGGCUCCUUUGUCACUUCCUAUGGAGACAUUUAAGUGUCAUAUUCUUAAGGAGCCUGUUGGUGUUGUUGGAUUGAUUACACCAUGGAAUUACCCACUACUGAUGGCUACAUGGAAAGUGGCUCCUGCCCUAGCUGCUGGUUGCACAGCAAUACUAAAGCCAUCUGAGUUGGCUUCUGUGACUUGUUUAGAGCUGGCUGAUGUGUGUAUAGAGGUGGGUCUGCCACCUGGCGUCCUUAAUAUUCUGACUGGACUGGGCUCUGAAGCUGGUGCUCCAUUGUCAUCUCAUCCCCAUGUUGACAAGAUUGCAUUUACUGGAAGCACUGUUACUGGGAGCAAGAUCAUGACAGCUGCAGCUCAAUUGGUGAAGCCUGUUUCAUUGGAGCUUGGUGGAAAGAGUCCCAUUCUUGUGUUUGAGGAUGUCGACCUUGACAAGGCUGCUGAAUGGACUGCCUUUGGUUGCUUUUGGACAAAUGGCCAAAUAUGUAGUGCAACAUCUCGUCUUCUUGUGCAUGAAAGCAUUGCAGCAGAAUUUUUAGACAAGCUUGUGAAAUGGACUAAAAAUAUCAAGAUUUCAGAUCCCUUGGAAGAAGGUUGUAGACUUGGUCCUGUUGUUAGUAGAGAGCAGUAUGAGAAGAUAUUGAAGUUGGUUUCAACAGCUAAGAGUGAGGGUGCAACAAUAUUGUGUGGUGGUGGUCGUCCCCAGCAUUUGAAGAUGGGGUUCUACAUUGAACCAACCAUUAUAAGUGAUGUGACUACUUCCAUGCAAAUUUGGAGAGAGGAGGUUUUUGGACCUGUCCUUUGUGUUAAAACAUUUAGCUCCGAAGAUGAAGCCAUUGAACUAGCAAAUGACACCCAAUAUGGCUUAGCGGGUGCUGUAAUUUCAAAUGAUCUGGAGAGGUGUGAACGUGUGUCAAAGGCCCUUAAUGCAGGGAUUGUAUGGAUCAACUGCUCACAGCCAUGCUUCUGUCAAGCUCCCUGGGGAGGAAACAAGCGUAGUGGUUUUGGGCGUGAACUAGGGCCACGGGGACUCGAUAAUUACUUAAGUGUGAAGCAGGUCACUCAGUACCUCUCCAAUGAACCAUGGGGCUGGUACCAGUCUCCUUCAAAGCUGUGAAAAUUUCUUCAGACCCUGAAGCAGAAAACCUCUGAUAUGUCUAACUCAGAACAAAAAGCAGUACCAUGAGAGGGGCACCAUCUAGUGCAGGUGAUGUUUUUUGUUGACUGCAAUGAUAAUAAAGUAGCAGAGCUAGUUUGUUGUUUAGUGUGACUUAUUCUGUUUGCAAUAAAACAGCAGAACUAGCUUGUUAUCCGGCAUGUUUUCUUCUGUUUGCUCUAGUUAAAAAUCAUAAUAGCUCACCUUGAGGGGUUGACAGUAUUGAAAAUUGAACAAUAUAGAGGUGAACUGCAGAAUUGUCCAUUACAAUUUUGUAUUUUGUGCAAUAUCUUCAUCCA